AUGAAUGCCCCUCCAGCGCUUGGGUACCCGCCCGGCGUGUCGCUGGCAGCACCAGACCAGGUAUCUCCAACAGCUGCGAGCUUUGGCUCAAAUAACCCCUUUCGAAACCGUGCCCUGUCUCCAUCUGGUGGCUCGACCACCAGCUCGCGCCCGGAACGGCCCCGGUCGACAAAUCCAUUCCUCGACGACACCGAGGCGCUGUCGCCGCAAUCCGCCCCUGGAAUGACAACCGGCGCCACCAUGUUCUCUCCAACGGAGAAGGACGUCACAAGCAACACCCGCGAUCUUUUUGAAAACCUCUCGCUGAACCCGAAGCCCAGUCCUCCACCCGUCGCUUCUCCCGAGACAAAGGGCUUCCGACCACCCCCCAGUAGCGCUUCUCGUGAUCCCAGAUGCCCGCCCGGUCGCCCACGACCGCCACGGGAGCCCAGAGAGCGCCCGUCGGGGCGCCCUGUAGAGUCGCGACCGAAAGACCCGAAGGAUCCGUUUGACAUCUUUGCCGAUCCUCCGAGCCUGUCAAAGGCGGCCACAGUAGGUCCCCGCGAAAAGGCCUCGCGCCGACCCCGUCGAAACUCCGAAUCUUCGGUCAUGGAGCGGGCCUCCAAGUUGUUUGACGACGAUGACGACCGCCGCCGAAGGGAACGUCGCCAUCGCGACCGCGAUGGUCGCCCUCGCGAUGGCAAGUCGCGCUCGACUCGCAAGGAUCGCCGGCUGGACAUCAUUGACAAACUGGAUGUGACGAGCAUCUACGGCACUGGAAUGUUUCACCAUGACGGACCUUUCGACGCCUGCAAUCCGCACCGCAAUCGCAAGGGCUCGCGCAUUGCGCCCAUGCAAGCCUUCCCUAAGAAUUCUACGAACAUGGCUUUGGGUGGCUCGGGCCCCAACAACUCCAACAUUGAUUUGAAUUUGUUUCAUGGCAGAAUGGAGGAGGGCUACAAUGAUUUCUCAACCUCUGGAGCUCACCGCAACAACACCGAAACUGUCAAUUUUGAUCCCCGGUCUCUCGUGGAUCCCAUUCAUGGGUCCGAGAGCGCGGGCCUUGGUACGAGCACUUUCCUGGAUGGUGCCCCCGCCAGUCGCUCGGCGAUGGCCCGCCGGCGGAGUGAAAACGAGCAGGGUCUUGGGUCCGGUGGAGGCCUCCAGCGGAAGAAGAGUCUGGCUCAGCGUUUGCGGGGGAAGAGUGGUACUGGUCGGAUGAUGUCUCCCACGGAGCAGACCUUCCCAGCGGCGGCACCAGCGCCGAUGGGUUCAAGUCACUCCGCUUCUUCUCGUGGAAAUGAAACCAACCCAUUCUUCCAGGACUAUAAUGAGGAAUACGACAAGAAGGCGACGCGCAUUCAGGAGACGCGUCUUGAGGGCGGGGCCGGCCGUAUGCGUUCCUCGAGCAGCCCCAAACAACCGACAGGCCUGGAGCGCAAAUCCACCAACGACAGAGCGUCGGACGAGAAUAAGCUCAACGCAGGCGGCGGUGGAUUCCUCAAUCGCAUGAAGAGUUUGCGCAAGCCGCGACCCGAGCGUCGCACAAGUGAUUAG